UUCCUCCUCUCCCACGUCUACACUCCCUAUGUCUCGUUUGACCGACUCCCUCUUGCCCCCGGUGAACCCAAUCACCCUCGUCACGGCGUCGCCCUUCUUGCCCGCAAAGGAAGCGACGACUGCCCAAUUGUCUCCAACCUCACGCUGAAACACGCAAUCCCCGGUCGCAUGAUUGUCGCCUCAGCAUCCAUCCAUGGCAUCACCACCCUCCUCGUGAACGUGUACGCUCCGGCCAGCGGCGACGCGUCCUUGCGCAUCAGGUUCCUCGAAGAAGUGGAAACCAUCAUCACCACGCACCUGCAUCCGAUCGUCGACGGAGAAGCGCAACCCGCCCUUCCGAUGAUUGUCGGCGGCGACUUCAACCUCUGCUUGAGCAAUCAACGCAACUACUUGUCCUCCUCUACUCAUCCCCCGCCAUUGGAUCUUGCGCAGAGGUUCUUUGCCAACCUGACCUCCCGGCUCAACCUGUCCGAGUCGUGGACGGAGUGCCACGGCAACAAGCAUCUGUACACCUGGUCCCCAACAGGCAACUCCCCUGGUUCCAGCAGACGCAUUGAUUACAUCUUCACCAACGAUGCAUUUCCCUUUACCCCCGUCUCCUUCGAGGCUAAGGAAACGAGGUCUGACCACCGAGCUCUCAUUGCGGCUUUCCACCACGUUGACCACCAACACCGUCCCCCUCCGCCAUUCAGACUGAACUCCCGGCUCCUGACGGACCAGCGUCUGUUGGACUUUGUCCACACGUGCAUUGAUCAGCUGAACGAGUCCAUCCGGCUGUCGAAAGAUCACGCCCCCCUGGCCUGGGACAUAGCCAAGGAAACGAGGUCUGACCACCGAGCUCUCAUUGCGGCUUUCCACCACGUUGACCACCAACACCGUCCCCCUCCGCCAUUCAGACUGAACUCCCGGCUCCUGACGGACAAGCGUCUGCUGGACUUUGUCCACACGUGCAUUGAUCAGCUGAACGAGUCCAUCCGGCUGUCGAAAGAUCACGCCCCCCUGGCCUGGGACAUUUUCAAAUCCAGAGUUGUCCGCUACGCGUCGUCCCUUGGCGCCUACGUGGCCAAAUGCAACCGCAUUGACGAGGAAGCUUGUCAUCAUCUCAUCACCCACGUCGAAUGCCUGAUGCAGGAUCCCCUGCUCACGGCGGACCAGCUCAAACGUCUCCAGGACGCCCGCUCUGGCGCUGUAGCUGAGCUCCAAGAAAUCGCUCGUACCAAGGCUGAAGGCGCUAGGUUGAGGUCGCACCACCUCUCGUGUGCCCUCACCGAACGCUGUACCAAGGUGUUCUUUAGCCUUGAGCGUGAGUGCAUCAAAGCCCAAACCAUUGCCAAACUCACGGUGAACGGCGAGGACUUUACUACUCCGAACGACAUAGCAUCCGUGCUGCACGACUUUUACUCCAAACUCUAUGACUCUGAACCAAUCGACGAGGCUGCCCUGAGCGAGGUCCUUGCGCAAGCAAAUCCGGCGCGAAAGCUGUCUCGAGCAGAACAGAAGUCACUGGGCGCGGAUCUCAACCCGUACGAGAUUGCUGUCGCUAUCGAGAACACUGCGCCUGACAAGAGCCCCGGUCCUGACGGCCUGACAGGUGCCUUCUAUCGCACAUUCCAGGCACGCCUCUGCUACGCAUUGUCCCACGUAGCCAACGCGGCGUACCGGAACAAACGCCUCCCUGACUCCAUGCUUGAAGGGUACCUGAAGGUCAUGUACAAGAAAGGCGCCCGCUCAGACCCGGGCAACUACCGACCAAUCACCUGUCUCAACGUGGACUCGAAGAUUAUUUCCAGAGCCUUGAUGGCGCGCUUUGCCUUGAUUGCUCCUGAGAUUGUCAACCUCAACCAGAACGGAUUUGUUCCUGGUCGUACCAUCGAUGCCAACAUCCAUCUCAUGCGCGACUUGCUCGAUUUGUGCCGCGUGUGCAACAUUCCGGGUGUUGCUGUCUUGCUGGACUCGGAAAAGGCAUUCGACAGAGUCGAUCACCAAUUCUUAUUCCAAGCACUCCGCAAGUACGGCGUCGGUGAGAGUUUCAUCAGUUGGAUGGAACUGCUCAACACUGGCUGCCAAUCCCGCGUUGUGUACAACUGCACCAUCUCGCUUCCAUUCCCGAUCAAACGAUCUGUGCGUCAAGGGAGCGUCGAAGCGCCGUUCUUGUAUGCCAUCUACGCCGGCGUCAUCUCCGACUAUGUCAUCCACAAGCUGCGCGACAAGAUGCUCUCUCUGGCCCUGAGGUCUGGUCCCCAAAUCGUGGAACCCAGCUUGUUUGCUGACGACACAUCGAUCUUCCUGUCGGAUCCCAACCACAUCCAUGCCCUGUUUGAAGUCUACGCAACAGUUGGCAGGGCUACCAACCUCAAGAUCAACGAGGCCAAAACCUCCGUCCUGCGUCUCGGCCCCCUUCGGGAUGCCGAUCCGCCGGACGAAUGGGUGCCUCCUGACGGCACCACUCGAGUCCUUGGCGUGCAACUUGGCUACGGCGAUCUUGCCAAAGCCAACUUCGAGCCCCUGCAAGCCAAGGUCGCGCGUGCGCUGGGUCGCUGGUCGCGCCACAGUCUCUCGAUCGCUGGCAGGGUCCUGAUUGCCAACGCCAUCGGACUCUCCCGCGUCUGGUACCACUGUCGCUUCAUCCACAUGCCCAACAAGUACUCCAAGGCACUGUCCGACACUGUCAACAAGUAUCUCUGGAAAGGCCGAUUCUCCCCGGUCGCCAGGGAGGUUGUGACCGCUCCUCCCAAAACGAUCAUGUUUGGGCUUGGACUCAUCGAUCUCCCCACCAACAUUGCAGCGACGGCUGCCCAAGCGCUAAUCAACUUCCUGUCGCCUGUUCCCAGCUUCUGGAAGUUGGUUGUCAACCACCUCGCCGAAGUGGCUGACAGACCAGCUCGGCUCUCCGACUAUCCUGUCGCCGAGUACACGGCCAUGCAGCGGCUAGUCGCCAAAUUCCCGUUCAGACUUUCGCUCUCGGUGUUCUGGCACCAUGCCUUCAGGGCGUGGCGCAGGCUGCUCCCUUUCUCUGAGCCUCCUCGCUCGAAGAACGAACUCCUCGCCACUCCCCUCUGGCGCAACCCCAUGCUUGACAAGAUCGACUUCAGGAUGCUUCGGAAACACGGCAUCUCGUACCUCCAUCAUCUCCACUCUGGCAAGAAAUGGCAGUCGGCCCGCGAUCUCCGCGAGUUCUGCGACUCCCGUCUGCCACAGGUCGAAGCCAGACUCCAAGUGAUCCGCUCUAAAGUCUCGCACAUCGACCCGUCCAAACUGCGGAUCGCCCCUGUGCGCUUCCGCGAGAACGAUUGGGUUGUUGACUCGUGGGGCUUCCUCCGCAGAAUCUUGGAAACUCCGGCCGCCGACGCCUUGUCUGUGCGCGUGAAGCCCUACGUGUUCCGCCUCCACGUGGUAUCGGAUUGGACCUCUCCGUCUGCCAAGUCCCACACCAAGCCAAGCGACCUGCUGAUGCAGCUCGCUGAAGCCUAUCCUCCACCAAAACGCCCUGAGGUCGAAGGAUUCUUCUUUGGCUCUCUGAUGCGUCUCGACGUUGACCCAACCCGGCUGCAGCUGCGUGGCGCUCCCGAGAACAUGUAUCGCUCGCUCUGCAUCGACAAAGACCUAGACGACCUUCGCCGCACCGCAAAUCGCUCCAGGAGGACGAUGCUCGAAAGCCGCCAUCCCUCCGAAAUUGAGAAUGCCCGCUACUGGCUGGCACUCUACUGUCAGAGUCAGUGCAAAGCCUCCUCGUCCACUCGAGACGAGCAUCCCCCCACGCGUGCCCACCCCCAAGGCGGCCUCACGGCCGCUCCAGGCAUGGGAGCAUGGGGUGGCGGGAACCCCGCUCGCCAAGACGGGCGCCGCGCUGCCGGCCAAGUCCGGUCUCGAGAUGAUCGACGUCAACGACCCCGACUACGCUAA